AUGGCGGGUGGACAUGGGAAUGGGAAUUGGAACGGACAUGGACAUGGACAUUCAGUCAAGAAGAAGUUUCUUCUGGCUAACAAACACAUCACCAAGCUCAACUCGACGCUCUCCGUCCGUAUCGAAGAGCUGAAUGCACAAAUAUCGGCGCUCUAUGUCGAGAACCUACGGUUGCGUGCGUCCGAGAUCGCACUGACGAGUCAACUAAAGAAGGAGAAGGAGCGGACGGCGAGGGUCAUGGGCGAUGCAGAAGCGGCAACACUAAGCCUAUUAAAACACCUCGGCCUCCUUCGCAAGUCACAUAACAUACCCAACGUAACGCCUAAAUCAACUCCAUCCAAACACCACCGUUCUCCGUCUCACCCACCACCAACGAAACGACCUCGACCCGCACUCGAUCCGAAUGCUUCGCCACAUGCGAACCGUCUAGCGCGGGCGCCAGGGUUCCCCGAGAUCCAUGAAGAAGACGAAGACGCCGAGGAGAGCGAGGCUACAGGCUAUGGAACCGGGAAUCGAAAUGCGCGGUGGCCGGAGGAAGCAGACGAGGAUGAGGGCGAUGCAGACGAGGAGAGAGUAAGCAGCCCGAGCCCGAGUCCUGUCACAACGAGGAGACGGAAAGCAAGAACUUCAUCGUCUUCAUCUUCGGCUUCGUCUUCUGCAUAUGCUACGGCCACUUCGACUGCUAGUACUAGGGUCGCGACACCUUCGAUACCACCGUCGACGUCCGCGCGCUUAGCAUCGAUGACGUCGGCGCCUUCGCCGUCACCUUCAUAUCCAUCACGGCCUUCUUCCGCCUCGUCUUCGAGCUCGGCACAAACACGGAAUUAUUCGGGACAGGAGAUCGUGUCGGCCACGAUUCAGGUGGACUAUAACGAAGAAGCGCUUCAACCCCAAUCUGCCUCUACGAAAUCAACAACGACCAGCGGCUCUUCAUCGUCGUCAUCUUCGCACUCUACAUCCAUAUCGUCAUCAAUGAAGAAGAAAACACUACGACGGCAAAGUGGAAUGAUACCCGUUCCUAGUAAUGCGGCUACUACUACUACAUCGGCUGCUCUCGCUGUUCCCGUUCCAAGUGCUGGGUCGGGGAGAGAGAGGGUCGCGAGGAGUUUGAGUCCGAGGCCUCCUAGUCCUGCGUUUGGGAGUCCGAUAAGGAGGGAGGCGGGGUUGAGGGAGGUCGAGGAGGAAGAGAAGGUGGAGAGGGGGGAGGAUGUGGAUGUGGACGAAGAUGAUGUUAUUGAGAUUGAUCAGGAUGAAUAUGAAGAGGAUGGGGAGGUUACUUUGAGACUGAGGGAGAAGGAGAGGCAAAAAGAGCGGGAGAAGGAGAAGGAAAGAGAGAAGGAGAAGAAAAGGAAGAAAGGGGAGAGUUCGAGCAGUUCAGAUAGUGCUGCAGGGAAGAAGGAGAGGGAGAAAGAACGGGAUAGGGAGAGGAGACGAGCAGCGAGGGAUAGGGAAAGGGAUGAAGAUCAGGAGACGGCGUUCAGUACGACUACAACGACAACCACAGGAAAACGGCUGAAGGACGUUACGAAUGGUCGUGUAGCGUCGGGAGGGUCGAUAGUAGCGGCGGCGGAGGGGAAGAGGGGCGGAGUCAGUCCACCUACGUUAGGGAUUGAUACAAAUGUCUCUGACCCCGACCGCAUCCACACCCCCUCUUCCGAAGACCUUCACCCACCAAGCAGCGCACAUACUUCAUCCCGCCAUGCAUCCGCACACAACGUCUACCCAACGCCUGCAACGACACCCGCAACUGCCCGAGCGCCCUCUACACAUCGUUUGCCUUCUUCCUCCGCUUCCACUACAACUGCGCCAGCCGCGGAGCCACAACCUCGGCCAUCCUUCAUUCCUGCACCGGCUAGGUCCUCAAGCCCGGUGGGUCGUACAGGCCGUGCGGGCGCGAGAUCAUCCAGUCCUCCACCAGCGCGAUCUGGAAGUCCCGACUCUCUGCUGCAGGCGCAGACGGAUGUGGAGGGUUUGGGUGGACGAGAGAGGAGAGUGAGGAAGAGCGUCAAUUAUGCUGAGCCGAAGCUGAAUACGAAAAUGCGUAAACCGGACCCUCCACCUGAUUCGGCACCGAAAUGCAAACGUACUUCGACCUCGAGUGCGUUUACUCAGCCUCGAGACCCACCAUCGGAGUCGGCUUCUGCUCGCACUUCCCUAGACCGUGAUCGUGAUGCCCCGAUCUCCUCGUCCUCCGCCCCUCGUUCACGCAGCGAUCCCCCUCCGUCCGAUGCCCCACUUCCCCCACCACAAGAACGAGAAUCUGAUACGCCCGGAUACUCUACCGUGACUGUCAAACGUCGAAGAUCUCGUCCUAAGAUGCCGUUCCCACUCCCUUCGUCAGGUGAUAACGAAGGCGACGGAGAUGGCGGCGAGGAUGAUGACGAUGGGGCGGAGGCGGACGGGGAAAGGGAGAGCGGUGGUAGGACUAGCUGGAUAAAUACGGAGGGAAGGAGAAGGAGCGCAGCUGUUGCAGGGAGUAGGAGGAUUGCCGGGAUUCUGGCUAGCGAGGAGGAGGUCGAGAUGGAUGGGGGCAGCGCGGGCGUGAGUUUGGGUAGGAGGAGAAGUAUGGCUAUCUAA